CGAAAGCGGUUUCGCCCCGGUUUUGCCCGUGCCGCGCGAAAGCGCGCGCGGAACACCGCCAAAGAGCGUCUUGUCGUGAUGGCCUGUGCGCUAUGAGCGGGCAUGUUGCCGUGCAAGAGCGCCAAGCAUGGCCUCAUCUUCAUCACCCUGGGUGCAGCAGCCACGUUGCUGGGCUUCUUCUUCGUCGAUGCUGCCACUCGAUCGACUCAGAGCGCCACGGGGCUUCGCGGAGGCGACCGGGCUGUGCUGGAGCUGGUGCUCGAGAGGUACAAAGUCCUGGCCAGGAAUGUGACGAUGCGCGUAGAGGCGGCGGAGCGCGCCGUCAUGGAGCUACGCCGCAGCCGGACCUCAGAGGUGGCCCCGGCCCAGCCGGACUCGCCGCAGGAAGCCAAGCCGGAAGUGAAGGAGGAGAAGGAGGAGAGCAAGGAGGAUACAAAGGGCGCAGAAGGAGGAUCCGAAGGCGCGGGUGCAGAAGGUGACGCCGCCACGGAUCCGCCCUUCCAAUUCCCAGACUUGGAGGAUCCCGAGGAGACCGAAGAGGAGAGGGCGAAGCGGCAAGAGGCUGAGGAGCAGCUGCAGAAUUCCUUGAUCCUCUACAACAAGACAACCGGCGUUUACCGCCGUUGGCGCGGGGACUUCAAGUGCGCCAAUCGCGUGCCGCCACUGCCGGAUGGGGAGGCCGUGGAGUGCACUCCGGGCUUUGAUGCCCCCUGCUGCAGUGCUUUGGGCUGGUGCGGGAGAUCGGCAGACCAUUGCAAGUGCGAGAUGUGCUCCGACUACCGCCACAAGGCGAAGAUCAGCUUCCAGAGCAUGCGCCUGCACCACGCGAAGCGGGAGUGCGAGACCAUCGCCGCGGACCUCGGAGAGUUCACAUCCCCGGAGGACUGCGCGCACAGCGCGGUCAACGAUGCGGAGUGCGGAAAGAUGAUCAUGUACUCCUUCAACUACCCCAAUUGGGGCUGCCGAUGCUGUGCCAUGGAUACACCGACCGGAGAUGAAGAGAAGCCGGAGUGGAAUGUCUACUCCUUUGAGGUGAGCGAGGAGAUUCUGUGAGGG